AUGGCCGCUCGUAAUGAUUGCCAAGUUAAACUCGAGGAAUUUUCACAUCCUUUGUUGCGAGCCUUCAUUCGACUCGACGCUUUUAAGAUGGAAAGAUCCAAGGAGAGCUCCCCCGAUCUUGAAUUGGGACCUUGUCCACAAAUUGACUCUCCCAAAGUAUCCAAAGCACUUCCCAGACGAUUCUCCUCGAUCCUGUCUGACGCUUCGUCUCAUCUUCGACGUUCCUCAUCCGUAAGAAGCGACUUGACCUCGAGAAGUUCCCCUGUUUUGGGCCGCAUUCUGCGAGGAAGUCGAUAUGGAUCAGAAAAAAGUCUUCGACAUUACCUCACCAAAGAGGUCUUACCCCAUCCAGAUCAUUACCGAAACAGAAAAUCGUUUGCCCAAGGAAUGCCAGACAGUUCAAGACCAACGUUGGACGAGUUGCUUUGUCGAAGUCGUAAUGGAUCCGUGUAUCCUUCUGAUAGCGGCCAAUGUGACACAUCUUGUGGAAAGGACUCUCCAGACAAACAGCCGACCAAGUUUGGCUGGAUCCAGGGAGUUUAUGUUCCAUGUCUCCUCAACAUCUGGGGUGUCAUGCUGUUCCUUCGCCUGAGUUGGGUUGUUGGACAAGCCGGAAUACUGGCCACUCUUGGGAUCGUCUCCAUUGCCAAUCUAGUGACCACGAUCACGUCCCUUUCCAUGUCAGCCGUGUCAACCAAUGGACAAAUCAAGGGAGGUGGGAUCUAUUUCAUGAUCUCUCGCUCUUUGGGACCGGAAUUUGGCGGAGCCGUCGGCCUGAUGUUCACGUUGGCAGCGUCCAUUGCUGUGGCAAUGUACAUCAUCGGCUUUUGUGAAGCGUUUUUGGACAUGCUGGAUCAGUUUGUGGAUUCAUUUGAUGGCAUCUUCAUGGAUCGGAUCAACGAUAUUCGACUUUUGGGUUCGUCCACCUUGGUCCUGCUCAUCGGGGUCUCCUUCAUUGGCAUGGGGGUAGUGUUCAAGAUCCAGUUCCUGCUCCUUUUGCUGCUGAUCGUCUCUCAAUUGGACUUCUUGGUAGGCGCUUUAAUCCCGCCAGACGAGCCAAAACAAGCCAAAGGUAUCGUGGGUUUCAAGACCGAUCUAUUGACUGAAAACCUUUGGCCUGACUUUCAAAUGGGUGAAAAUGGAGUCCAACUACAAUUUUUUGACGUCUUUGGUGUCUUUUUUCCUGCCGUCACGGGCAUUGUGGCUGGGGCCAAUAUGAGUGGAGAUCUCAAAGAUCCGGGCACAUCGAUUCCCAAAGGAACUCUUCUAGCCAUCAUGACCACAUACUUAACGUAUGUUAUUUACGCUAUUGUCAUUGGUAUGACUGAAAUUCGUCACGCUUCCGGUGAAGUCAGCGAGCUCCACCUCUCUGAUGGAUCGGACAACUUUUUCUCUAAUUGCAACGCGAGGAACUGCUCCUAUGGGACUUUACACAAUCAACAAAUGGUCCAAUUGGCUUCAUUUUGGGGCCCAUUGAUCUAUGCGGGAUGUUUUGCCGCCACGCUUUCUUCGGCUUUGGCUUCUAUUGUUGGUGGUCCCAGGGUGUUCCAAGCAAUGGCCAAGGAUAAGUUGUUCCCAUUUAUAACCAUGUUUAGCAAGGGUUAUGGGCGGAACAAUGAGCCCCUUCGUGGUUACAUUUUGGUAUUUCUGGUAGCGUUGGUGUGUAUCCUUAUUGGGGACCUGAAUCGGGUGUCAAGUUUGCUUUCCAAUUUCUUUGUCGCCACUUAUGCCGUUAUCAAUUAUUCAGUGUUCCAUGCCUCGUGGAAUAACUCGCCCGGUUGGAGGCCCAGCUUUCAAUACUUUAACAAAUGGAUCUCUCUUAUGGGGACGUUUCUCUGCAUAACUGUCAUGGUGUUGAUGGAUUUCCGCACAGCUCUCGCCACUCUGAUAUGCGUUAUUCUUCUGUAUGUAUUUGUGCGCUCUCGAAACCCUGAUGUCAAUUGGGGCUCCUCAUCUCAAUCGCAGUCUUUCACUACGGCAUUAAAAGCUUUGCAGACACUCUCUCGCGUUGAAGAUCACAUCAAGAACUAUCGACCAAAGUUGGUCGUCAUUACUGGGAAUCCCUCUGAUCGCCCAGCAUUGGCAGACUUUGCCAAUUUGAUUACGAAAAGGUCCUCUCUUCUCGAGUUUGUCCAUGUCAUCCGAGAGAAAGUGGACUUGAAGACCAUGGAACAUAUGAAACGGCUCACUGACCAAUGGCUCAAGGACAACCAUAUCAAGGCAUUUUAUGCAUUGACCAGGAAUGAUUCGUUUCCCGAUGGCGUUCGCACAGCUAUUGAACUUAGCGGCCUAGGCAAGUUGUCUCCUAACAUGCUCUUGAUUGGCUUUCAAGAGCAAUGGUGGAUGUACUCCCAAUUUGCCGAAGAUUACUUCGAGGCCCUAUUGAUUGCUUUUGAUAUGCAUUUAUCCGUCGGAGUGCUAAGGGUCCAUGGCGGGCUUGACAUUUCCGAUAUUUCUGGAGCCCAUGAAAAAGUGAUGACAGCCACCAGUCAACUCUCUGGACUUUCGGAAGACUAUAUUCCUGUCGGAAGAGCCAACCGCGCCAUGAGUCUCGACGAAGGCCAAUCUCUGGCUUUGAAGAAUGUGAACACAUUCGGCACUUCAUCGACCCGGAACAAUUCUGAUGUAUCUUACGGCAUUCGUGAUGGCAACCCAAUCGAUGAGAGACUCAUCUAUCGAAUGACUCAAUUUCGAGAUAAGACACAAAAAGAGGGAACUGUCGAUGUCUAUUGGUUGUACGAUGAUGGGGGCCUAACUCUCCUACUUCCAUAUAUUUUGGUUACGCGGAGAAAGUUCUCCAAAUGCAAAUUAAGAAUAUUCUUCCUCUCCAACCAAGUGGAUAACAUAGUCGAAGAAGCUGAGCGCAUGGCCUCCCUCCUCCUCAAAUUUAGAAUUCAAUUCGAAGACGUGAUUAUCCUCUCUGACGUAACAAAAAAGCCAAAAAAAGAAACUAUGGAUGAAUUCCUACAGCUGAUCAUGGUUCCAAAAGCUCCCGAUCGUCGGCGUUCCAGUUCCACAUCAAUUGGUCCCAGAGCUCCAAUCAUCCCUGAGGACGUUCUCAAGAAAUACCUCGAUCAAACCCAUUUUCACUUACGAAUUGCCGAGAUUGCCAAAGAGAAUUCGGCCACUAGUUCAUUGGUAGUGAUGACGUUGCCAAUGCCGAGGCGAAAUGGUGUUCCAUGCCAUUUAUACCUGGCUUGGCUGGAUUAUGCUUCUCGUUCGAUGCCGCCUUUUCUUUUUGUUCGUGGGAAUCAAGAAUCGGUCUUGACGUUCUACUCUUAACUUGACUAUAAAUGAACCAUGAGGGUCGUCCUGGCUCUGGUGCUGGUUCCUCUUAUUGUGCAUUUUCUUAGAUUGCUAUUCUAUGUACUGAACGGUAGCAAUGCUUUAUUGAAACAAGUUUCUUUUUACCAAUUUAGCUCGUUGAA